AUGUCACUUACUGAUUAUGAAAGACAGUUUGAGCAGCUCUCAAGGUAUGCCCCGCACUUGGUGGAUACAGAAGUUAAGAAGAUUAGGAGGUCCGAGAAUGGACUGUGCCCUGAGAUCAGCAUGAUCAUUAUGUCCCAUCGUUUCACCUCAUAUCGUGAAAUGUUGGAGAGGGCUCAUGCUAUUUCAUAUCAGAGGACUACCUUUGAACAGUAUGCCCAGCAAAGCAAGGAGUCAUCGGGAAAAAGAAAGUGGAAUGAUCCAAACAAGGACAGACCUAAUUGGCAGAGUAAAAGGCCAAACACAGGAGUUCGUAUUGGUGGAGCGAGUGGGAAUAUUACACCGUGUCCUAAGUGUAAUAAACUCCACAGGGGUGAAUGCUUACUCGGGAAGAACAUGUGUUUUCGAUGUGGUAAGCCAGGGCACAUUGCUCUCAACUGUACAGAGCCACCAAAAAGGAAGGAUGAUGAUCAGGACAAGAACAAGAAAGGAAAGGCCCGAGUUUUUGCACUAAAUCAGCAUGAGGCGGAGCAGGAUCCGAAUGUGAUAGCAGGUAUUCUGUUAUUAUCUCAUGUACCUGCUUAUGUACUAUUUGAUUCUUGGGCUACCAAUUCUUUUAUCUCUACAUCAUUCGUCGCUAAGUCCAACUUUGCAUGUGUAAGAACGAAUAAUGAACUAGAGGUUAGCAUCCCUUUAGGAAGAACUCUUUGUACAAAUCAGAUGACUAAGGACAUGAAAUUAGAGAUUGACGGAAAAAUAUUAGAGGCAGACUUGUACCUUUUGGAGAUGAAAGAUUUCGAUGUUAUUUUAGGCAUGGAUUGGUUGGGAAUUAAUCAUGCAACCAUUCGAUGUUACGAGAAAGAAGUAUUGUUUCAUAGACCAGGAGAGGAAGAGUUUCGUUUCUUGGGAGCAAAGUUCAAGUCUUUACCGCGCCUAAUAUCAGCUAUGCAAGCACAAAAGAUGUUAAGGAAGGAGUCAUGCUAG